GGCUCCGUGCCGCCAUGGCGGGCUGCCCCCGCUGGGCCGCCCUGCUGCUGCUGCUGCUGCUGGCCAUGCCCCGCCGCACCUCCGCCGGCUGUGCCGCCCGCGGGCUGUGCUGCCCGGGCCGAGACCCGGCCUGCCUGAGCACCGGCCGCCGGCCCGACGGCUCCCACGGGCCCUGCUACUGUGACCAGGCCUGCGCCCGCACCCUCGACUGCUGCCAUGACUACACCGAGGCCUGCCCAGUUAUCCCCUGUGUUGUAUCUCAGUGGAGUGUCUGGAGUGGCUGCGCAGAGCCUUGCAAGACAACAUACCGUGUUCGGAGGAGACACAUCAUCCAGGAGGCCAGGAAUGGAGGAGAGGCAUGCCCUCCUCUGGAGGAGAGGGCUGGCUGCGUGGAGUACUGGACUCAGCAAGGAACAGAGUGCAAACAGUCCCUGAUCCCAGCGUUAAUAACAACAGGAGGGUUUGGAAAAGCAAGGAAAAAGAGAGCUGCAGCUGAUGGCAAGGAAAGAGCAGGGUACUGUGUUGAAUUCCAGCUUGUGGCCAUCACUCCGGGGUGCUUGCACAGCCACCAUUCGUACACUCACUGGAUGCAGUACCUCAGGGAGGGACACACUGUCUGUGUGGAGUGUCAGCACCCAGCUUUGGACUCCAGAAGUCUACAUUGUUAUGGGGAUGGCAGUGGAAGCAAAAAGAAUCAGCUGUUGCACUGGCAGGCAGUAGGGAACCCUCACUGCAAGGGAACCUGGAAGAGAAUUCGCCAGCUGGACACUUGCUCCUGUCCUUCUGUUCACAGCUUCUUGUUCAUCUAACUUCUGACAGUCUCAGCAAGCGAGUGCUGUGAUGGCUUGUCUGGCAUCUGCAUGUGGCAGCGGUAGGAACCACAUCCAAAACAAUGACUUCUCUAUGUCAGAGGCUAUGCCUCUUAACUUGAAGAGGUUUCUGUCUGUACUGGCACACCCUGUAUCCCUUCUGUCUUCUGUGUGUACUCCUUGGUUUCCAAAGAAAUGAGGCUGGCUGUGAAGUGCUGAUCUAUUUGUGCCCACCCAUCCCUGAGAGAGGCCUGUCUGACCCUGAUGACAUCUUGCAAAUUCCCCCUUUUUUGAGAUGAACAAGAAUUCACCAAAUAUGAAUAAGGACAAAAAAUUAUUUAUGAGCCCAGGGCUAAUUGUUAUUUUUCUAAAGUCUCAGUGAAGAAUCAACAAUGCAAAAUAAAUUAACUCAAGUGCCUUCUUUUCAUGGCAGUAGCACUUCUUCAUGGAUGCUUCCUGCUUGUACUUGUAUAUGAUUUCCUUUUGUUUUCACCCUCACUGGUCUAAUCAUUUCAUAUUGAUCCUCAGUCUUACAGAGGGUUGACGGUUGAUCUUGUGCUGCUGAGAUAAUGGUAAAACGUAGCAAUGAGCCAGUUCAAAUCUGUGGGAAUAGAAAGUAUCAGGGAUAAAUUGGACUUGGACUUAAUGUUUCAAGGAGCAUCUCUGAGUUGCCCCAAAAUACAGUGCAGUCCCGGGGCUCUGAAUUGAAAGUCAUCCCAGCUGCACCAGGAGAGCUAGCUAUAGCCUUGUAUUUUUGACUGGAAAAUAUUUGAAAUAUUUUCUUUAUAUUCUGCUGAUUUAUAUUCAUACUUUUCUAUAAAGGAAAAUAAAAGAGACUUGGAGAUGUUC